GUGGCAGAGCGGCCGCAGGGGGCGGGCUGCAGCGGCGGCGCCGCCUUCCCGCCCUCUCGUCCGCUCGCCGCUGCGGGGUCGGAAUCUGAGGAGGAGAAGCGGCGGCGCUGGUCCUCCUGGCGGGCGGGAGGAGCUGGAGAUGCCGGCCAGGACCUGGGCCCCGCCGAGCUCCUCCGGGGUAGAUAGCCCGCACGCUAGCCCGCCGAAGGGCCACCGGCCUGCAGCCGGCGUCCGGCCAGCCCCUCGCCUCAACCCGCAGCCCAAGAAAUCAUUGUAGAUUUGGUGUCUUGAAAGUAUGGAAUCAAUCUCUAUGAUGGGAAGUCCUAAGAACCUCAACGAAACUUUUCUACCAAAUGUUGCCAAUGGCAUAAAGGAUGCCAGUAAGGUCACAAUAGGCAUCAUAGGAAGUGGAGACUUUGCUAAAUCAUUGACAAUUAGGCUUAUCAGAUGCGGGUACCACGUGGUCGUAGGAAGCAGAAACCCUAAACUUGCUGCCGAGUUCUUUCCCCAUGUGGUUGAUGUCACUCACCAUGAAGAUGCAGUAGCAAAAACAAACAUCAUUUUUGUAGCCAUACACAGAGAACAUUAUGCCUCUUUGUGGGACCUUAAGCAUUUACUUGCUGGUAAAAUUCUGAUUGAUGUCAGCAAUAAUACAAGAGUAGACCAAUAUCCGGACUCCAAUGCAGAGUAUUUGGCAUCACUUUUCCCAGACUCCCUGAUUGUCAAAGGAUUCAAUGUCAUUUCAGCAUGGUCACUGCAGUUAGGACCAAAAGAUGCCAGCAGACAGGUCUAUAUAUGCAGUAACAAUGUUCAGGCUCGCCAUCAAGUUAUUGAGCUUGCCCGUCAGCUCAGUUUUAUUCCUAUUGAUUUGGGGGCAUUGUCAUCUUCAAGGGAGAUUGAAAAUUUACCUCUGCGACUGUUCACACUGUGGAAGGGGCCUGUAGUGAUUGCCAUUAGCCUUGCAACGUUUUUCUUCAUCUAUUCUUUCGUCAGAGAUGUAAUCCAUCCAUACGUGAGAAAUCAGCAGAGUGACUUUUACAAGAUCCCCAUUGAGAUCGUGAACAAGACUCUACCAAUUGUUGCUAUCACUUUACUUUCUCUAGUGUAUUUAUCAGGACUUAUUGCAGCAGCUUAUCAGCUUUACUAUGGUACUAAGUAUAGGCGAUUUCCACCUUGGCUGGACAACUGGCUCCAGUGUCGAAAGCAGCUUGGCCUGCUCAGUUUUUUCUUUGCAACAGUGCAUGUGGCAUACAGCCUCUGCUUACCUAUGAGGAGAUCAGAGAGAUACUUGUUCCUCAAUAUGGCAUAUCAACAGGUUCAUGCAAAUGUUGAAAAUUCUUGGAAUGAGGAAGAAGUGUGGCGAAUUGAAAUGUAUGUCUCCUUUGGAAUAAUGAGUCUUGGAUUGCUUUCUUUGCUGGCAGUAACUUCCAUCCCUUCAGUAAACAGUGCCUUAAACUGGAGGGAGUUCAGUUUCAUUCAGUCUACACUUGGAUACGUUGCUCUGCUCAUAAGUACUUUCCAUGUACUGAUUUACGGAUGGAAAAGAGCUUUUGAAGAAGAGUAUUACAGAUUUUAUACACCACCAAAUUUUGUUCUUGCCCUUGUUCUGCCUUCUAUUGUAAUUCUAGGUAAGAUCAUUUUACUUUUGCCAUGUGUAAGUAGGAAACUGAGGAGAAUUCGAAGAGGAUGGGAGAAAAGCCAUGUUAUAGAAGAAGCAAGUGGGUCUGUUCCACAUCUCUCCCCAGAACGGAUAACUGUCAUGUGAUAAUAGACUAAUAUUAAUUUGUCAGCACUGCUGUAGAUGUUUGGGUGAUUUUUUUUCAUCAUAAACUUGUAUUUUUAGGAGUUUACUGAAGUCACCGUGGACUUGCUUGGCAUAUAGCACAAGCUCUCAACCAAACUAUGAGAAAUUUAUAACUAGAAGACUACUACUUCAGAUAACCACAGAAAUAUUUUUGUUUUGAAUUACAGAGGGCAGAUGAUUAUGAAAUCAGAAUUUUUUAAUGCUCCUUUGCACAGUUAUAUCACAACAGUAUUUUAUUAUAAUCAUGCUUUCCAGAUAUUUCUUUGACUAAGACCAUUAUGUGUCAGAGUGCUGUUUAUUAAUACCACAUUUUCUGGGCAGUUUUUCUUUUAUUAAAAACACACUUGGGGGUUAGUGAGUUCAGAGUAUAGACUAAUAGGGUUAGUAAUUUAGGAAAUAAUCAGGUUUUGAAACAACUUAAAUUAAUAUGUAAUGAUAUAUUGCACAUGUACAGUAUAUUUGUCUGUGGUUUUACACCAUUCUGUGAUUUGAAUAUGCAAAACCAGUUUCAGUUAUGGUGUAACUGUACAUCUUGUAAGCAAAUGGUAUUGUACUAACAAUACCAUUAACUACCAUUCGUUUUUUUCAAAGUGUCACAUAGGAUUUUAUGACCUUUGGCAUAUCUUUAUUUCCAUACAUCAUGUAAUGAAAGUGUUAUACAUGUAUAGAAAAAAUUGCACGUAUGUGUGCAACCAACUAGUUUUUUUAUUUUAGAAUGAUUUUGAAAUAUCAAAAAUAUUUUAAAACAAAAAAAAAGGCUGAGAAAUCUGCAACAAUAAAAAUCCAUUUUCACUGUGAAACUUCCAAUAUGUUGAUACAGCAGGGAAGCAUCACAAUACUCAUGUUCUGUAUGUUUCUACACUGGAGUUUCAGUUAUUAAUAUGAAUUUCCCAGAGUCUGUCUUAUAUUCUUAGUAUUUUUUUGUGCAAAUCCAAUCUUCUAUUUUUAUAUAAAAGUCUUACUUUUACAACAAGUGUCUCUGGGAUAUGCCUGAAUUUUUGAGAAACAAAAUUAUUAUUCUUAUACUUAAAAAUGAAUUUAUCUCUAAAAGUUGACAUUUGCAUCUCCUGUGGGAUUCAAAAGAAUGUACACAAUUAUUUAUUACUACUGCUUUGUCAGGUUCUACUCUUCUCUAAAAAACCCAGCCAAACUCAACUCGUACCUUCAGGCUACUCCUAAUUAGCAAACCCUUUAUUUCAGUGAAUCAGAAUGUGUAUUUGGUCCUAAUUUUCUUUACUUGUAUGAAAUUAUAUUUUUCUUAUCUAUAUUUGCACUGUUUAGGAUCUCUGACUUUCUUAGCUGAACCUUCACUUAUUAUUUAUUACUUUGCAAGAAUUUGUCAUCACUAUGAUACAUCAGAAAUACACAGUACUUACGCUUGAAUUUAUCCUUAAACAUCGCUAAUCCUGUAAAUCUCGUUAUCUCUAUUUGUAUUGAAACCAACAGCUCCACAGAACAAGAAGAAUCUAGAAUAAAAGUCUGCCCCCAGUUACACCAACCUAAACCUAAAGAGUUGUUCUUAAUUUCAAGUUCAAGAAAUCUACAACAGUUUUAUUUUCAUUGUAGUAUCCGUAUUCCCAAACUCACACAUCAAGCCUUUGUAUAUUCUGGGUUUGUUGCAAAUAAAGAGACAGUUGAACUUAUUUUCAUUUUAAGCAUGUUCAAAUCUAGAAAUGAAAAAGAAAACAUUUGCAUGACUUUUUCCAGAAUUAAAGCAUUUCUUAUAUGUCUUUAAACAUGUUUUGUAUUGAAUGAGAUGUCAGUGAAUUCUUUUUGAAAAUGGAGGUUUGUGAAAGAAUUUUUUUUGAAAAAAAAAAAUUCAACUGCCUUUCAUGCAUGUCAACAGAUUUUUGAGUUUUUUUCAGUUCACAAAUUUUCAAUUGCAAUUAGUUGUAAAACUCAGUUUUAUCCUCCUUUUUAAGCUACAGGGGGAGAAGCAAUUGAAAAGAGAAAAUUCAUUUUAUUUCACCAUUUUUUGAAAGGUAAACAAUAAUAACAGCUAUAAUUGGUCAGACUAAAGUCUUUGACGUUUGUCUCCACUAGCUGACAAGUGGCAGAUGCUUCCACAAAGAGGGCAUUUGUCCGGUGAUUCUUCUCCUCACAUAACCUCUCAGCCUCUUGAAAAUCAAUAAUUUAGGACUUAUUUGAGACAGGUGCUGCCUCUGGACUGUCGUAUUUAAUAGCUACUUUCUCCAGAAAUUUAUCUAACUUUUUAGAAAUGUGAAACUUUCCCAGUUCUUUACAGGAAAAGAAAAGACAAGACGGAAGGGAAAAAAAGUUUCAUAGAUCUAUCAAAUUAAUAAAAAAAGUUUGCAUUCUUUCUUUUUUCCAAAAACAAGUCAGUUUCAAGGUACUAAUUUAUUGUCCCUCCUCCAGUAUGUAGCUAUUUCAGUGAUACUUGUGGUGAUACACAACCACAAUACUAUUUUAUCAAACAUUCCAGGCAUUAAGUGAAAAACCUGUCGUUGUUGAAAACAGACGGGAGCCUAAACUAGUACGAAUGAGAUUUUCACAUAAAAAUGAAGAACAAGCGACGAUUACAACUUCUAACUUACUUUGCCUGUCUGUAAAAAAAAAGCAGAAAGCUGUAUAUUUUUUGAAAGGAUUUUAUGUAACUAUUCAGUUACAUAUAAUAUGUAACUGAAUUUCCUGGUCUGUUUCCUAUUCCAUUAUUGCAGAGGGAAAGCACAGAGAGCUUAGGCAUUUGUGCUUCAAUCCUUUAAAUAAAAUUAAUUUAAAAAAUCUUAGAAUACACAAAGUCUUGGAUAAUUUUAAUGGGAUAAAUACCAUGCUACAUUCUACCCCAGUCCUGUGCACAAAACCUGAUUAAAAUCAGUAGAAUGGGAUGGUAUAACUGAGAGCAGAAUUUCACACCUCAGAACAAAUUUAGGGCAGAAACCAUUUCUGUUGACAAUCUGAUUAUAUUCCAAAAUUAAAUAUGCUGCUAUUAUUUCAUAGUAAUUCUAGACUUCUGUAGAAUAGGUAAUUAACACUCAUGUUCCCUACAAUUAUCUAAUUUGUUUGAUGCAGUAGUGAUAAUGUUGCAGAACUGAGAUACUGUACUAACGGAAAAUUACUGUCAAAGUCCAUAUAUAUUGUAUUCUAAUGCAAUCGCUGACAGUAUAUACAGAAAUGUAUAGGCCCUCUUUCCUAUGCAAAGAAGUUAUUUUAUCAUUAAAUUCCUUCAAGAAUGUUUAAACUGUUAAAUUUCAAACUGCCAAAGGUGUCUAGAGAGAAUAAAGAUGUGUUGUUCCUUUUAUCAAACUGUGUGUGUAGAAAAUUAAAAAUGUGUUUUGAUUUUAUAAGUUACUUGAAAGGUUGAAAUAUUAAAGUAUUAAUAAAUAGGUAAUAUUUUUAGAGCAAAUAUAUGAUGACAUUUGGUGAAAUAUUUGUGCUACAAAAUGACAUGGUUUCCCAUUAGGCCAUGUAUUUACUUCUAACUGGAAUAACAAGUUGACUUGUGAUUUAAUAUUUUGUAGUGUUCUUUAAGGACCAAUUCACUCUAACAACACACUGUUAAGUCCGGAAGUAAAAUGCCACUCAUGCAUUUGCUACACGUUAUGUAUCAUAUAUCAUGCACAUGUUUAGUUCUAUAGAAGAACUCACAUUAGGACUUCUGAUCAGAAGACGACCUGAGGGCUAAAAGUUUAGUUUCAAUUGCCUAAAUAUAGACAACUAAAUUAACUUAGAUGUCUUAGUUACUUAGUAGAAUAUAUAAGUAUAUUGAGGAAUAGCCUGCUGUAAAAAUAUUUUUGUGUAGCUUUAUAUAAAUUGCUUACUGCCUAAUGAAAUAAACUUAAUUUCUCUUCAUUACUGUUCAGUGAAAAAAAAUAGUGCUUAACAUGUAAUACAGAGCUGUACACAUCAUAUUAGAAAAUGGAGACCUCUAUGUAUUUAGCAACAGGUUAUUUGUUUUCUAUGCAUAUUAAGGUAUUCUUUCUUAACAUUGUCUAAAAUACAGUUCUAUUACAGGUUCCAUAUGCGUCUUUAAUUUUAUCUUGGAAUUCUAUUGACUGUAACAACUAUGUACAAGUUAAUUAAGUACCCAUGUUCUUGAAUUAUUUAGAGAUUAAUUAUUUUGUAAUUAUUUUACAAGUUCUUUGCAUGUUUAGCUUGUGGUAAUGAUUACUGUGAAUUGGUGCCACGUUGAAGUUUUUGUUCCAACAUUGUGCAUUAUAUGAUGUGCCAACAUGAGAAAGUACAUUUGUAUUUUUAUUUGGCAUUAAUUGCCUAUAAAAUAGUGUGUCUGUGUGUGUGUGUGUCUGGAUGUUAUGAGGUACACAUGCUGCCCAACUAGCACUAAUAAGGCAAGGAGUUCCUAAGAGGCUAUAAAUUCCACAGGUAUGAAUAUAGUUAGGAAACAGCUUUCCUCUGAAUGUGAAGGUUUCCUUUGAAAGUUAGAUAUAUCAGGUACAUAAAAAUUAGAUAGAUUGACUUUUUCAGUAUAAUAUUUUCAUAUAUGCGGUGGUAACGGAUGCAUAUGCAUAGUUCCUUUCAGACAGUGCAUCUUGUAAUACACAAGUUUUUUAUGUCUUGGCUGUUCAUCCUGUAGUAUUUUCUAUCAAUGUAAUGAGUAAUGUUGCAGUACUGAUAUUGUAUCAUUAUAGGAUACUGCUUGAAUUAAUUAGAUUACAGCCUUUAAAAUAAGUGACACAUUGAAAUGACUUGAACAAUGAUCUCUAUCAUUAUAUAUUGUUUCUCAUGCCUUGCUGGCAGUGUCUUGCAGUGAGCAGCGUAUGUCUCCCAUGUGCAAUAUUCUCUUUGUAGCUGUGUUUGUCGGUUUGUUCGUGCUGUCUCUCUGAACAGGGCUAUUAUAAACUAUUAGUAAUGCUUUUAUCUAUUUUUCCAUAGACAGUGUUUUACACAAAAAUCAAUAAAAAAUCAAUGUCAGAUAUUUGGUUUUUUCUUCUGUUCUUAUGCAUAAUAAAUUUUAGCUUGUUUUUCUUUAGAAAACAUGUGUGCUCUCAUCAACAUUUUCUCUGAGAGGUAGAACUUGAAUGCAAGUUCAUAAAAAAAAAUUCUAAAGAGCAAUUCGUUUGUUUUGCAAUGGCUGGAUAACAGAUGUUUCACACAGACACACUGGAAAGCGAUAUCCCAUAUCCUCCUGUAAGGUAUUCUCCAUUUUUUCAGAACACAGAGUGAACACUACAGUACUAUCAGCAUAUAUUCAGUCCAGUUUUCAUUCAACAAACAAAAAGUUUGGCAAAAGUGAGACUACUAGGCACAAGUAAGUUUGCCAGGUGGAGACACUCUUCCUGUUUGGUUGUGUGUGAGAAAGCAUUACUGUUUAAAUGAGAAAAACAGGUCAACCACUUUGCAAUCCUUCAUUUGGAAAUAUAUAACUUUUUUCCAAAUAGGCUUAUGCCAACAUAAGAGGAAAAAGGAAAAGGAUACGACAGAUGAAAUCCUGCUUAAAUAGAGGUCAGCAGCAUAAACCGUUCUGAGUUCAGAGAAGUCAAGUUGCACGAGUUAGUGAAGCUGGCAGGAUUCGCAUUGCUUUCACAUUAAGUUACAUAGCUUGCCUGCAUUCCCAAAUGGAAUUUAGGUAUUUUUUAAAUUCAAAAUAUUUCGUAUGUAUUUGUGCCAUGCCUGAUGUAACAGUAACGGUUUGGUCCUUCAAGUCUGUCUUCUGUUAGCUUUUUUUAAAAUCUCACCCUGUUUCUCUGUAUCACAGUGCUUGUUUUACUGAGUGUUGAUAGUACGCUAGCAGCUGAGACCCUGAACUUACACCUUUGUCCAGCCGUACCUUGUACUGUGCAAAAGUGUAAGUUCUGGCUGCCGUGACUUACUUAAUUUCCUUACAAUAAUAAAGUUCAGUGUGAAAGUCCCCCUCAAAUCCAUACCAGCAAUGACCUGAACACUGUAUUUUAAUAGUAUAGGCAGGUAGAUCCCAAUCUUGGAAGCUCUGUUGACUUUACAGAUUUAAGGUUGUGUCUACCACCAGCUACUUCGCAGCUCUUUUCUUUUUUCUGUGGAUAUCAAACACAGGAGGUCUGGCAGGACAGUUCUGCACUUUCCUGUUCUUAUGCCCCCGCUUCUUUUUCCCCUUCCUACUGACCAAAAAAAGAAAUGAGAAUGAAAAGGAAGACAAGGAGUGAACAGACUGAUUCUUAGAAAGAUUCUGAUUUCUGUACUAUAAAGAGCUCAGUGUCAUAUUUGAUAAACAGUGCAGGUGGCUUUAGAAAACAUCUACUUGGUUCAGUACAGCCAAGGACAGGACAUCACUUGGCUGGGGCUGAAGACCCCCAUUGCAGCACGUGAAAGGUGCAUCCUGUACAGAGUAAUAGUCCUUCAAGAGCUGGCAACCUAAUUUCUAAGACGGCAAAUACAGAGUGGUAGAGGAAAUAAUUCACUCAGCAAAGUCAACAGGAGAUUAAUGGCAGACCUAGAUAUGGAUCCUUGAUCUUCUAACGCACAGCUGUGUCCUACAUGUUCGACUACACAGUCCUCUCAUUUUAUGAAAUUUAACUUUACCUCAAGAACAGAGCUUGCUGACAUGUCUCUUCACACCAAAAGAGUUUGUCCUCAGUCAAAACAGAAAUCCUCUCUACAUCAAAUCUACUUUUUAAACAUAUUUCUUAGCAUGUGUAAGACUUAACAUUUAAUAUGUGUGAAUUAAUACUCUCAGAAGUAAGGUACUAAAGCCUUGAUGUCUCAAACGUUAUUUGUUACCAACAGAAGAAGUAGAUGUGAUAAAAACACAAUAUAAGCCUGUUUGGGGCAGAAAACUGUUAAGUAAAUAUUUUCACAGUUGAUUGCAGGUUUUUGGGGAUGGACAUUUGCCAUUUGCCAAGGGCAGCAGAAUCCCUGUAGUCAAACUCGCACAGUGUAGCUUUCAUCCCAAUUUUUAAAAGCUUAAUUUAUGAAGAAGGUGCAGAGAGAGCAAAUGGGGCUUUGCAAUAUGAUCUUUGGAACAGUCAGCCAACAAAUGGCAUGUGACCUAAGCUUAUAAUUUACAGACUAAGUU